AUGUCUCAGCAAAUUGAUGAAAUUCUCACCAAAUUGCUAUCUGUUCGAAAACUCCCAUACGGUUCACGAUGUGGAAUAACUGCUGAUGAUAUAUUCUUAUUGUGUCGGUUAGUUAAACCGUUAUUUAAAAGGCAGCCUUGUCUAUUAGAGCUCAAAGCAAAUUUGGCUAUUGUUGGUGAUAUCCAUGGGCAAUUUUAUGAUCUGUUACGAAUUUUCGAGAAAGUUGGCUAUCCUCCGGAAAAAAAUUAUCUUUUUUUAGGAGAUUACGUCGAUAGAGGAACAAAUAGUGUUGAAGUUUUCUGCUUGCUAAUGCUAUUCAAGAUCAAAUAUCCCGAUAACUUCUUCCUCUUACGCGGAAAUCAUGAGUCAAGAGAAAUGAAUAAGGUUUAUGGGUUCUACCAAGAAUGCGUUAAGAAAUUUAGUGUAGCGAUUUGGAAUUCAAUAGUAGAUGUGUUCGAUUACUUGCCAUUUGCCGCAAUUAUUCAAGACAAAAUAUUUUGCGUGCAUGGGGGACUUUCUCCAAUACUUACAAAUGUUUCCCAAAUCAAUGAAAUCGAACGUCCUACGGAAAUUCCAACUAGUGGAUUAAUUAGUGAUUUAGUUUGGUCAGAUCCUGUAGAAAACGUAGAAUUAUGGUCAAAUAGCGAACACCAAGUUGGGUUUGGUUUUGGAAAGAAAGCUGUUGAGAAUUUUUGUCAAAGAUGUCAACUUGACUUAGUUGUGAGAUCACACCAAGUGCAAAUGGAAGGUUAUUCAAUGCCAAUUCCUGGGUGCGAGAGUUGUAUUGCUGUUUUUUCUGCUCCAAAUUAUAUUGGAGAAUUCCAAAAUAGAGGCGCUGUUCUUAUGGUUGACAAAGAUUUGGUUUGCAAUUUCAUUGUUUUCAGCCCAUUGGAUUGGUCUAAACAAUUAAAGAAAUCAAAUUAA